CAUAUAAAUGGUACCACUCUCACUCCUUGUCGACCAGUUCUCAGGGUGCGUUGCUCCCACGUGCUUUCUCCGCGCGGUGUUGCUCUAUUUUCGUUCUCUCUCUCUCUUCGUUCUCUUCUCUCCCGCGGCUUCGCUCGAAAACGCGCAAAAGACCCGAGAUCGAGAUCUCUCCCGCGAAACCAAGACGAAAUUCCGCAACGAUGAGCACCAACGUCCUCGUCAGGAUUUGCGGGCCGAGGCUCUUGCGCGUCGCGAUGACCGAGCAAAAAUCAUGGAUCAGCGUCAGCAGGUGUCUUAGUACCACUAUGUCGCGAAGCAUGCUGAAAGAUUCGCCGAAUGCGGCGUUGGACAAGACCCUGUUGCAGAAGUAUCUUGAUCUGCCGCAACCGGAGAAUGCGAUUCAAGCGAAGUAUAUCUGGAUCGACGGUACGGGCGAAGGAUUACGUAGCAAGACCAGAACCCUGAACUUUGUACCGAAACAUCCGGCUGACCUGCCAACGUGGACUUACGACGGCAGCUCGACGUACCAGGCCGACGGUGCCAACAGUGACAUAUUCCUCUACCCGGUGGCGAUUUACAACGAUCCCUUCCGCCGCGGCAGCAACAAGCUCGUGCUAUGCGACACCUACUACAGCGACAAGACGCCAACGAAAUCGAACAAGCGAUACCGCGCGAAUCAGGCGAUGGAGACCAUCAAGGAUCAGGAGCCCUGGUUCGGCAUCGAGCAGGAAUACACUCUCUUGGAUUUCGACGGUAGGCCGCUCGGCUGGCCCAAGAAUGGUUUCCCGGGCCCACAGGGUCCCUAUUACUGCGGCGUCGGCGCCGACAAGGUAAUCGGCCGUGAGAUCGUCGAGGCCCACUACCGGGCCUGCCUCUAUGCCGGAGUGAAGCUCGCGGGGACCAACGCCGAGGUGAUGCCCUCGCAAUGGGAAUUCCAGGUGGGACCGUGUUCCGGCAUCAACGCCGGAGACGAUCUGUGGAUCGCCCGAUUCAUUCUGCACCGCGUCGCCGAGGAGUACGGCGUGAUCGUGACCCUGGACCCGAAACCGGUGGACGGCUCGUGGAACGGCGCCGGUGCCCACACCAACUUCUCGACGAAGGGGAUGCGCGGCGAGAACGGCAUCGCCGAGAUCGAGAAGGCGAUCGACAAGCUCAGCAAGCAGCACCUCAGGCACAUCCAGGCGUACGAUCCGCGCGGAGGGAAGGACAACGAGCGCAGGCUGACCGGCAAAUGCGAGACGAGCAAUAUCCAUGACUUCAGCGCCGGGGUGGCCAAUCGUAACGUCAGCAUCCGCAUUCCCCGUGGCGUCGCCGAGGAGAAGAAGGGCUACCUGGAGGACAGGAGGCCCAGCAGCAACUGCGAUCCCUACGCCGUCUGCGACGCCCUGGUCCGCACCUGCGUGCUCAACGAAUAAUAAAAACGCCGCGCGACGAGGGCGACGAGAGCGCGUGUGGAAGACACACCGGACCGCAUACACGCACACACCCGCAUACACACCUGGAGCGUACAAUUACUCGUAGAACUUAGAAUCCCGUCUGUUUCCCUCGGAACGACGAUUAAUCACUGAAUUCAAUCGGAAAAGUAAACGAAAUUUUGAGCAUCUUCAACAUCUUAAGUAUCAUUCGAGACAUUUAACUAUAUAAUAUAUAACAGGUUCUACAAAAACAAAAUUCGCAGGGCACAUUAAUUCGGCAGGGCAUUGAAAGAGAAUCGACGUUUGGCCAGUUAGUGUUACAAAAGAUUGAUUCGAUUCUCGUUCGCUGUUCACAUUACGUAUAAGAUAUUGUUUAGAGAAGGUCAUUUGUGAUGAAUUUGUUUGGAUUGUCGAUGCAGCUCGGCCGUAUUCAUAGUCAGGAUAUAAAUAAUAAGGUAAUUUUAAGAUGAGCUUGUAAUUAUAAUUGCGACAUGUUAUUGUUCAAGUUAUCGCGUUAAAUCCCUUCCUAAAGUUCAUCUUUUUAUAGAUUUUAUAACGUCAUUUUAGAAAGGCAGCGUAAGAAUAAGUAAGGAGAAUGAGGAAGUUUAUAGUUACACGUUAUUCGAUAAUAGUAUACGAAAUAAAAUACAAUAUAUAAAAAACAAAUAAUCGAAUUGACGAAAGGAAACGGCACAUUAAUUUUCACACAUGUACUGAGCUCUUUUGCGCGCAUGAAACUAUUGAAUAAUGGAAUAAAUCGUGAGAGAAAAAGUCGACGUUUUUAGAAACGAAAUUUAGCCACAAAAUUUUAAUUAUUAUAUUUUUCAACAUAUUUUAUAAUCACAAACAAAUACAGAAAAGCCCUAUGUACGCCCAAGGCUAGAGCAGCCGAGGCUAGUCGGUGUCCAAUAAUAUUUUUUAUUAUUUUUAAAUUUCAGGUAUAGUAAAUGUCGUGUCGAUUUCUUUCUUUUAAGUAAUUGUUGACACUUUAUAAUGUUCAAUUUUUUUAUAAAGUAAACUUGACUGUCAUUAUGUUUAACUUUAUUGUUUAUUAACUCUACUAUCGACAGGUUUGUUUUUAAAUUUGAAUGGUGAUGCGAAUUUAAAUAGUGUCGUAUAUAAAUUCACACACAUAAACACAUAUAAAAAAAAAUAGAUAUAUAAUAUACACAAGGUAUAUAGUGUACAUAUAAUCGCGUUUAUAUAAUAUACGUUUAUGCAGUCGCUUAUAAAUUAUACACAUAUAUAUUUUAUGAUAUUGUAUGUACAUAUCAUAUAUAUUAUAUGAAUUAUAAGCCACUGAACUAAGAUGCACAUAAUCAGAACAAACUGAUUUAUCAAAAUAAUGCUUUAUGUUUGGUAUCAAAUUGUUGAAUAUUUUAUGAAUCAGGCGUUUAUGUUAUACGUAACUAUAUAUUUAUGUUAUAACUUUACGUAACUGUAUGUAAUUGCAUAUAUUGUAGGUAAAUAUGUUGUAAUUACUGUACAUUAAUCAAAUAGCGUUUAGGAGGAAAAAUAAAAAAAACAAGCUACUCUUAUUUAUUCCAAAUAAAUAGUGUAUUAGGGGAAGGCAAGCAAAAUUGUUUAAUGUAUGAAAACCUCUAGAAAACAUUUUAAAACGUUUCACAAGUAUUUGUUAUUUUAUAUUGAAAGCAAUGGCGCAUAUAAAAUAAAGUAGCAAGAAAUCAAAGUUUUUAUAAUAAACACCUUUAUUACUAACUAAAUUAGUAUUCUUACAUCCUUGCCUCAAGUGUUGAGUUAAUUGAAAUAAUAUUUUGCUAAACAUUAUUUUUAUUAAGAAAUGUACAGUAAUUACAGGACUGAUAUAUAAUUCAUGAUAAAGAAAGAACUUUUUAUCUCUUCUAGAGAAACGUGAUAUUUAAAUUGUAGUUUUGCCUUCUGCAGAAAAUAUACCAUUUGCGGAUAUUAAAAAUAUAUCUAAAAAAAAGACGCGAAGAGAAUCAUAUCGAAUAUAUUCUUGUUAUUAAAUUAGGAAUAAGACUAACUCGAGAAAAACAAGAUAAAUCUUCGCGGGAAUUAUGUUUUCGAUUUAAAUCUUGACUACAAAUACGGCCUAGAAAACAUAUAGCCACUGAAUCGAUUCCGAUAGUUUCGUUCAUUCGUAUUUAAUCUGAGAGAAUCGUGUUCAGUGUCAUUAAAUUCUCAGCUUCACUUGCAUAAAAAAAUCACAUCGAACUUCGAAGCAGAUCCAUUUAGCACUUGUCAACGCUAAAAUAUCCAAUCUGUCAUCUGAUUCUGAAUUUUAUAAUGCUACACGUGAAAAUCGCGAUUCGAUAUAAUUGAUCAAGAAGCGGAGAUAAUUUAGAUGCGUGCGAAAUUUAAUCUAGACGGCAAGAUAUGAGACAGAUGGUUUAAGUGUGCGUGAAGGAUGCUGAAUAAGAGCACAUCCAUCGAAACAUCCUCCUAGAAAUGCGUACGUUUCUAUUACAGAGCUAAUUAGUAAUCGUAUACAGCACGUUCCAUUGUAUAGUUCGACAUCGAUACUUUCAAAACGAAGAACAACGCCGUCCAAUGUUCGUUCUUCGUUAUUCAGUCAGAUAAGAGCCCGCGCGAUCGUCGAUGCUCUCGAGCGGAUCUCCGCGAAGGAUCGCCCGACGAGUAUACGGAUGAUAUUCGAAACUCGCAACGCGCAACGCAUGUGUGAAGUUGGAAGAAGUUACUGAUAAAAAUGUGUAGUACAAUGCGAAAGUAGUAUAUAAGGACCGUAUCCUUAGGGAUACGCGAGGGAUCAAUAAAGGGGUGUGACGAUCGACCGCCAAGGGGAUCGACUCGCGACUUGCCUUCUUCGCGGCGUUCUCGCGAGAACGUCGCGAGAACGUCGCACGAGCAGUAUAUCUAGCAAAUAUCUAGGAAGUUAGCGCAAUUAAUAACGUUUAAGAGAGUUUAUUAUUUCGUAAGUUUAAGGCGAGAUUAUAUGUAGGUUUACGGAGUCGGAAAAAAAAAACGUACGCGGUGUCUCGCGAAGAAAGUCGACCGCGCGCCGACCGUUGCCAAAGCGAGAGUUCGGGGGCGCGACAGUUAAAUUUUUAGAGGAUUAUAAAAAACGUAUAUUAUAACAUAAUUGUUAAAUAAAGAGAUUUUAUCUUUCCGCCGUUCUCAAAUUUUUUUUAAAUUCGAAUCUUCAGCCGAAAUAUAUGUAACGGCGAAGUUGAGCGGUCCAUUCUUAUUUCUUCUAAGGAGCUAAUCCCGAAAAAUUGGAAUUCCACCCUCUUCUCCCGAGACACUUCGCGUACGAUUGAAAUACGUACGUAAUAGUAUUUUUACGCCAAUCCUCGAGACCGAAUAUCCCAUAUAUGUGUAAGAGAGCGAUGCUUUAUAUAUCAAUGUGCUUGAACUGAUUUAAGGACAUCACAUCGAUAUCCCGCGACAAUAAAGUAUACGGAUAUCCCGCUUCGCAAAACAAUGAACACAAAUAACGACGUAAUGAACACCAAUGAAACAAAAAAUGUUAAUCAUAUAAUGAAAUUUCGUCGGUUUAUCGGUUUAUCGGUUUGACGAGAACUCUUCACUCCGAAAUAUCAACGAGAUGCAAUCGAUUAAGAAAUCUCAUUUUCAAUACUUUAAGACACACGACUUUCACACGGAAUAGUUUUAAAUAUGAAACUAGUUCAGUAUCUAAUUUAAUUAAAGAAACCUAAUUUAAUUAUAUAAUCGAACAAAAUAUCUCAAUUGUCUAUAAUAAAUUUAUAAAAAUUUGUAAAAAAAAAUGCGAAUUGUGUAAGCACAAAAACGAACUUUAAUGAAAGAAUUAUUUUACUA